AGCGGUUAGCUCUCUGUCAUGCUACUUGUUAUCGGUACGGAGAGGACAUCUUGUUAACAUUUUAGCGGAAGAACACUUAUUUAUACAAAGCUACGAAGGAAUAUAUAUAUAUACACACACGUUAAUGACGAUUAAAAACGUAGUCGUCCGUAUUGACUUUUAUUUAAAGUGAAGAUUAGAUAGCUAGCUAUUUUGUCAAGGAAUUGUUUUUUUUGUUUUGUUUUUUUUCCUCGACGCACAGCCGUACGUUAGCCAUCUAGCUAACGUUAGCCUAGCUAGCUAUAUUAGGGUCGACGUUUAACGUUAGCCUAGCUAGCUAUAUUAGGGUCGACGUUUAACGUUAGCCUAGCUAGCUAUAUUAGGGUCGACGUUUAACGUUAGCCUAGCUAGCUAUAUUAGGGUCGACGCUUAACGUUAGCUAACAUUGAAUUUGUCUGUCCGGCUAGCUAGCUAGCUACCCUGUUAUACCUCGUCAGUUGCCCAGUUGGGCAAACUCGGUGAAGAUUCACAUUGCAACAUUGAUUGCAAUACUCUCGGAGCGAGGAUGGCGCUGAAAAGGAUCCACAAGGAGCUGAACGAUCUGGCUCGUGACCCUCCAGCACAGUGCUCAGCAGGACCGGUGGGAGACGACAUGUUUCACUGGCAAGCCACAAUCAUGGGACCUAAUGACAGUCCAUAUCAGGGCGGUGUUUUCUUCUUGACUAUUCAUUUCCCUACAGACUACCCUUUCAAACCCCCUAAGUUAGCGUUUACCACCAGAAUUUACCACCCCAAUAUUAACAGCAACGGCAGCAUCUGUCUGGAUAUUCUCCGAUCACAGUGGUCCCCUGCUUUAACUAUUUCUAAAGUUCUGCUCUCCAUUUGCUCCCUCUUAUGCGACCCCAACCCAGACGACCCUCUAGUACCAGAGAUCGCUCGCAUCUAUAAAACAGAUAGUGACAAAUACAGCAGAAUAGCAAGAGAAUGGACGCAGAAAUACGCCAUGUGAUGACUGGCCUCGCGGAAGGAGAACGUCGUCGUAGCUGGAGUCAACUUCAAUAGCUGGUUUCCAUUAUUUUGUUCAUUUUGUUAUUGAAUUAGACUCAUUUUGCCCCCAUUUUUUUUUUCUCCACUCCUUCAUUCAUGUGCUAUUAAAAAGAUAAGUGUUUAUUCCUCGGACAGUCAACAUGUACUGGUUUCAUUUAUUAUAAUUUUUUUUAAGUGAGAGAUAAAAAGAAAAAAAAAAACACAUUUUUAAUGUAAGUCUUUUCAUGGGUUCUGAACUCUUCAUGUUGAGCAUGCAACAGCAGUAUACGGCCGUGCCGAUUGGCCUCUUGGUUAUCACACUAAAACCACUAGACAGCGUUUUCCGUCCGGGUUGUUCUGAGGACGUCGAAGACCAAACCGGACAGACGUGUCGCUUCAGGAUACAAUAACUGGUGUGUGUGAUGUCGUUGGUUGUGUCUAAAAUGGCAACUCUAUUCCCCUGUAUUGUGCAUUACUUUUAGCCAGGGGUCCACCAGGGGGAAUAUCUCUGGGGAUCCUGGUCUACCAGGGGGAAUAUCUCUGGGGAUCCUGGUCCACCAGGGGGAAUAUCUCUGGGGAUCCUGGUCGACCAGGGGGAAUAUCUCUGGGGAUCCUGGUCCACCAGGGGGAAUAUCUCUGGGGAUCCUGGUCCACCAGGGGGAAUAUCUCUGGGGAUCCUGGUCGACCAGGGGGAAUAUCUCUGGGAUCCUGGUCCACCAGGGGGAAUAUCUCUGGGGAUCCUGGUCCACCAGGGGGAAUAUCUCUGGGGAUCCUGGUCCACCAGGGGAAAUAUCUCUGGGGAUCCUGGUCGACCAGGGGAAAUAUCUCUGGGGAUCCUGGUCCACCAGGGGGAAUAUCUCUGGGGAUCCUGGUCGACCAGGGGGAAUAUCUCUGGGGAUCCUGGUCGACCAGGGGGAAUAUCUCUGGGGAUCCUGGUCGACCAGGGGAAAUAUCUCUGGGGAUCCUGGUCCACCAGGGGGAAUAUCUCUGGGGAUCCUGGUCGACCAGGGGGAAUAUCUCUGGUGAUCCUGGUCCACCAGGGGGAAUAUCUCUGGGGAUCCUGGUCCACCAGGGGAAAUAUCUCUGGGGAUCCUGGUCCACCAGGGGAAAUAUCUCUGGGGAUCCUGGUCCACCAGGGGGAAUAUCUCUGGGGAUCCUGGUCCACCAGGGGGAAUAUCUCUGGGGAUCCUGGUCUAAAGUUGUGCAUUAUAUCAAGAAUUCGAUGCCAUUUCAGUGGUAGCAGUGUUAUGCUUUUUAAUAUUGUUUGUCGACCCAUGGCCUGAGAGAAUAUUUACCUCAUAACCAAAUGUGUGAACAGACAAACAAAUGCUGCGGGUAUGUCAACAACAUCCAGUCAGCCAAAAAAAGAAAAAAAAAUAACUGUAAUGUAUUUUAUGCAUGUGAUAGGAAUAGGGGGAUGUUAUCCAUAUGAAGUGGAUAUGUUGCAGGGGGUGGGCAAAUGGGGAGGGGAAAUUUAUUAAAUGAAAGCUUUCGAUCUUUGAUGAAUUUUUUUUUUUUAGAAGUUGAGAGCUUCUCGUUAGGUCACCAACCUAAACACUGUCUUGUAGCCCUGAGACGUGCCGAAGAGCUAUUGGUUCAACUAUCUACUGGUUCCUCUGUCGCCAUUUUGUUUUUUAUUUCGUUUUUUUUUUCUUCUUCUGUUUUCCCAUCAAUAAAGUUAAAUCAUAAAACACUU